GCCGGCCGCGCCCAUAAAAGCCCUGGCGCGCCUCCUCCGCCCCGCAUCUGAGGCUGGAGCGCAGCGGAGUCGGGUCGUCGAGCGGCAGAGAUGGGCAGGGCGCUGGCGACGCGGCUGGGCUUAGGGCUCCUGCUCCUGGCGCUUCUCCUCCCCACGCAGACAGGUGGACAAAAUGGAACAACUGCAUCCCCCCACAACAGUACUUCCGGUGUGACGUCUGUGCCGCUUAGCACACUGAACAUUACCACAACACCAGGACAUGGAAACUCACUUCAAUCAACUACUGGCCUCUUCAUUCUCUCUAUCUUUCUUCUCUAUGUUUGUUAAGACACCCCUGGCUGGGAAACAACCACUGUUCACUACCCAGUUCCCUGAACCAUCUGAGAUGCCUAGGCUCCAUAUCCCGGCAUGAGAGAAAACUACAAAAUAUCUGCCUCAAAGCCAAGAGCCUUGUAAAAGUAUCUGAUGACUGAAAACCAUCUUUCCCCGAAAACCAAUUGACCAUGAAGAGCCGGGAGGCGUACCUAGGCUCCAGAAUGCAGUGACUGGAACUGGAUGAAAGUACAAAUUGACCAGCCAUGGAUAAUGUCUACUAUGAAUAAUAUAGGAGAGAGUUUAUGAAGCUAUGCAAAAUAAGGACUUCUAAUUUGAAAGAAAAUGAAGCUUGGCCUCUAAGCUUCUAAAACCUCUAGAAAAUGCAAAGGGCACUGAAGUGGUUCUUCUUUGUUCCAUAUAUAAAGAUAUAUCCAACAAAAUUAGUUCCAUUCAGAAUUUCACAUUGGGGUUUCCAACAAGCUUAAACCAAACAAUUCCACCUCCUUUCAUUUUAAUGUGUGGCAGUACUUAACUACGCCUAUGUCAUUGAAAACCUAUUGGAAAUCUUACUUCUACUGUGGUAUUUCAGGUUUUCCAUUUUGUUAAAGCUACAACUGAACCCUAUAUGCCAGAAGAUAAAAAGUACCAUAUUAGUAAACUACUGCAAGAUCAGUUUGAAAUGGCUUAUAAUAAAACAGAACAAAGGAUCAAUCAUUGCCACUUAAGUUUUAUUGUGAUUUCUUCAUACUCGUGGCAGCCUCCUCCUAAAAUAAAAUCUCAAAUGUUAAUCUUGACCUGAUGCAAUUUCUAUGCUAUCUUUAUUUUAUUAUUGCAGUAAAUGACGUUUGGCCAGAUGAAUGGAGAAAGCUAUGAGGUCAAACAAAAAUAAUGAAGUGAUUAAGUCUUAAAUUUAAGAAUCCUAGAAGUACCUAUCUCUCAGAGGCUGAAACUGACAUACUUGCACUGACAAUUCCUGUACAAAACAUUCUACACAAUUUGGAAUAAGACUGGCACUAUGAUGUAGGUUCAUCGCUCUAAAUGCUUGGAUUUUCAGAAAUGUGGAGAGGCUUGUUGAUGUCCAUAGAAAGUCUUGUCUGGUUACUAUGUGACUGUAGCUUUCAACAAACCCAUCUUUUGACCCAGUUGGGUACCUAAGAUCUAACACAUGCAUUGGAUUGUCAAGUACCUGUAUGGCAAAGUCUAUAAAAUACCAUGGUGAGGGUAUGUGUGUAUUCCUUCCUCUUUUUUUUGUAUCAAGUACCCUCUUUGAUUUUGUGACUCUGUGAUUAUGCUUUAAUUUUAAAUUGGGCAAACUGUAAAUAAAAUUGAAAAUCUGAUUUAA